UUAGUCUGAUGAUAGUUGUAUUAAUGUAGACGAGAUCAGUCAAGAUGAAACACACGUUUUAUUUAAUGGUCUUUUCCACUUGUCUUGCUUUAGUACUACAGACUCGCAAAAGUUUUGCCGCGCCACUAUCAAAUUUAAAGGAGGAUGACAACCGAGAAAACUUAAAAGCCCUUACACGAGUUGUACGACAGGAUAUGCCGAUGCCACCACCACCACCUCCACCAGGACCCCCUCCACCGCCACCUGAAGAAUGGCCAAGCUUCACUGAUUUACGGAAAAAACGUGAAGCCAAAGGUGGAGGCUACAUGCCAACUCGAAAGGGUUGAUUGGAAGUAAUAUAAUGUAUUUGUAUCUUCUUUAAAUCGGAUUUAUUUAACGACCUUGGCUUUAAUAAUGUAUUGCAUUAUAUACGUACGUAUUUAAUUGUAAUAAUUAAAUAUAAUAAUCAGGCAUCUUUUUAUUACUUUUGAUUUGGGAUUGGAGAACUAUCUAAACCGAUGACAAAAGUUUUUCUCAAUCGACAUUCGAUUAGGUAAGUACCUACAUCACUAUUCGGGAAUCCGCCGCAAUGGGGCCGCGCGCCAGGCCCCACAUUUUCGAUAGGUACAUACAAUCUCGAUAGUUUUCAUAAAAAACAUUUAUGUUUGACGAAUCCAACAGAUUUGUGUUUCUAUCUAAUUGUUGACACUUUUUUGGCUACCUAGGUAUUUACACUUUAUUCUACCCAUGAUGAUCAUGGAUGGGUCAUGAUGGAAAAUGAUCUUUUUCUGGUUGACCCGGGUCCUGGAUGUUUAUCUAUAUAUAUGUAUUUAUUAUCAAAUAUAGUAUCGUUGGGUUUGUAUUCCAUAACACAAGUCUCGAGCUUAUUUUGGGGCUAACAUAAUGACAUCUCUCACCGGCAAAGCAGCGUUUGAAACCAAAAGUUUCUAUCGACCCCUUUUUCGCCGACUUACUUUGAAUACUUACUAAUUUCAAUUAGGUCCUUAAUAAAAAAUAAAAAACGGAAUAAAAUAUAGCCUAUUCCUGUUAUUCAUAAAAAAAGUUAAAACAUAAGUACUCAUACAAAAAAAGUUUUGUCAAGAGGAAACACAUACUUUAUAUUAGAGUAUCUUUUCACUAUUUUUCACAAACUUACAAACACUUCCUUUUUAUAUAUGUGUAAUAAAUAAAUACUAAUAUUUUCUUCCUUAUAUUCGCCGCACGCAUGUCAUGCACGACCCACUAUUCCGUAAAAAAACUAAUAAAAAAUGACAACGACAACGCACUGAACUGACAGUUUAUUCUAAUUUUGUUUGAAUAUGUGAAUUAUGUCCCAAGACCUGUAAAUAUGCAAUUUCUAUUAACAUUAGUUUUCUCCCCAUUUAUAAUUAUAUUGGCAAAAUUUAUACGAAAUAUUAAUAUCUACUUAUAAUUUUUAUUUACUUUAUCCGUAUGUAUGUAUGUAUAAUAUAUUUAUAUACUUUUAUAUUUUAGGUUACACAAUGAUCCGUGUUUAUAAUAUCAUUAUAACAUAUUAUAUUCCGUGUCAAUUUCAACCUUGACGUUGGCAAAAUCAUCGUUUUGGCGAACGAUGGAGCCAUAGAAUAAAAAAAAAAUUUUGACUUUGAUAUUUGGAUACACUGGACUGAAUACACCAAUGAAUGAAAGAAAAUAAAAUUCUAACCUUUUCAAUUUCCGCGCACUUCAAUUUUAUUUACAAUAAUCACAAUUCACAAUUAUUCAUAUUGUGCCUUCUGUAAUAAUUACCCCUUUAAUUGUUUCAUAAUCAUUUAUCAUGCUUAGAAAUAUUAAAAGUGCUUCAAGCAAUAUUGCAAACAUAGGAACAAGAAUAAAACUUCCUGAAAAAUUUAAGGGAACAAUAAUAGAAAAAUGGGCAAAUUAUUGGAAAAAUCUUUUCGUUGAUUAUCGUCAAGCUUUACAAGACCUGAGGACCGAUAUCCAAGAUGAACCCAAAAAAGCAUUAAUUUGGUCAACAACUUUAGUGUCAAUGUAUGCACUAGCUAAGAAUAAUCCCACAGAAUUGGACUUCCAAGAUAACUUGAAAAGGUUGACUAAUGAAGUAGCUCUAGUGAGUGAUGAUUGUCGAAAUAAAGCAGCAACUGAACAUUUAAGGAUUCUGGAUAUGAGUUACAAUCAAGGAGUUAUUCAUUAUGGAAACUUGGGAAUAGCUUCAGUCAUGUAUACUUCGGAGCUAAAUGAAUCAUGUGAUUUGUAUAAGAUUCAAUGUCCCUAUUUAAAACCAUCACACUUAAGUUUUCCAUCAAGAAUUAUUGAUGUAGGAUUUAUGGGACGAUGGUGGAAUAUUUAUGUUAAGACAACAAAUUAUGAUGUUAAUGAAUAGAUGUUUUGUCACAUCAAAAUAGAAUAGAUUAUUUAUUGGUUC